CCGGACGCCAGGCCCCGGCGGCUACAUAUAGCCCGCGCGCCGGGACGGAGCACAAGCACCUGCUGCCCAUUCAUCGGCUGCAACCGCAAGCGCGGCUGUUUGAGCGAGCGAGCGAGCCGAGCUCGCGAUCGCCGCCUGCGCCGCCAUGGACCCCUGCGCGUUCGUGCGCCUCACCGUGGACCAGCUCCUCCUCAAGCUCCCCGCCGUGCAGCGGCCCAGCUCCGGCGCGGGGGUGCACCCCUCCACCUCGCCCUGCUUCUGCACGCUCAGCCUCCAGGACCACCCGGCCUCGCUCUCCCGCACCGCGCUGCUGCCGCUCGCGUCCGCCGCCGGCGCCGCGGCGGCGGCGGCGCACGCCGACCCCGUCGUGCUCAGCCUCGACGCCGAGGCCGUGCGGAGGCUCUCGGCGCGCCCCGCCGAGCUCGUCGUGUCCGUGCACGCGGGCCAGACGGGCACCAACUGCGGCAUCAGCGCCGCCCGCGCGCUGGGCCGGGUGCGGGUGUCCGUCGACGUGGCGCGCGCCGCGGCCGGGGAGACCGUCGUCGCCCGCGACGGGUGGGUGGACGUGGGGAAGCCGGGGUCCGCGUCGUCGGCGUCCUCCGCCGCCGCCGCCUCCGCGCGCGCGCAGAUCCACAUGGUCGUGCGGGCAGAGCCCGACCCGCGGUACGUGUUCCAGUUCGGCGGCGAGCCGGAGUGCGGGCCCGUCGUGUACCAGGUGCCCGGGGGAGCCGCUGGCGGCGGGCAGCGGCAGCCGGUCUUCACCUGCCGGUUCAGCGCCGGACGGAGGGCAACCAGGAGCAGAUACAGAGACGACACACCAACCGUGCAUGUGAUGGACUUACCAACCCAGCUCCUUAUUAAUCUGCUCUGCGAAGAUCGCAUAGCUGGCUCAGAAUCUUCCAUAUAUCAGGUCCAGCUAACCCUGCACGAGAUCGCUGACGCCGCAGUCGUCCAUGACCCGGAGCACCAGCCGGAGGCUGAGGUCCUGGCUCAGCGGCACCCUCCACGGCGACGGCCGCGACGGCUCGCGCGCGUCGCGCGAGCAGCGCAAGGGGUGGACGGUGACCAUCCACGACCUGUCGGGCUCCCCCGUGGCGGCGGCGUCGAUGGUGACCCCGUUCGUGCCGUCCCCGGGCUCCGGCCGCGUCUCCCGCGCCAACCCGGGCUCCUGGCUCAUCCUCCAGGCCACGGGCGCCGGGCCGUCAAGCUGGAAGCCCUGGGCGCGCCUCGAGGCGUGGCGCGAGCGCGGGCCCGUCGACGCGCUCGGGUACCGCCUCGAGUUGGUCUUCGACUCGGGCCCCCACGAGUGCGCCGUCCCCAUCGCCGAGUCCUCCAUCAGCACCAAGCGCGGCGGGCAGUUCGUCAUCGACCCGGCCACAUUCCCGGAGGCCACCGCCGGCGCCGCGUGGCCGUUCGCCGGCGGCUUCGUCAUGGGCUCCACGGUGGAGGGCGAGGGGCGGGCGAGCCGGCCCACCGUGCAGGUCGGCGUGCAGCGCGUGACGUGCAUGGGCGACGUUGCGGUGUUCGUCGCGCUGUCCGCGGCCGUCGAUCUCUGCAUGGACGCCUGCAAGCUCUUCUCGCAGCGGCUCAGGAAGGAGCUGUGCCAGGACCAGGACGACUGAAAAGAGACCGACCCGACAGGACCCGAGGGGGAAGUGUAGUAGUGCUCUUGGGUUUUGGGUUUCAUGCUGUGGAUUGUAUGGUGCUCGUGGUUAAUGUAGUAGGCCAUUAUUAGCUGUGGUUUCUUGUGGAGCUGAAGGCCCUAUGGCUGUUUUUAGUGUAGGCUGGGUCGGAUCACAAGAACAGAGCGGGGUUGGUUCAUUCCCUUAUUCUUUCAUUACAGCAUUCAA